AAUUUUCCUUUCCUGGCUUUCCCGCCAUUUUGUUUUGUCUCACUAUUUCUAUAGCGGAGACUUUACGAAAAAAUUACAAUUUGCUUACAAUAUUCACUUAUUGAUGCAAAUUUUAAUUCUUUUUAUCAUUGAAAGGACACUGUUCUUUUGCUACUAAUCUAUUUGUUUUGCUUGUUGUUUUUUGUGACUGAUUACAGAACUUCGUCCAAAGUCAGCGUGUUAAGGUUUUCCCUCCGUUUGUGACCUGCGUCUUCCCUCAGCCAUCAUCAGCCUUGUGACCAGUCUUACACCUCCAAUAAUUUCCACUUUUCCCUGUCUGACAUGAUUCGGAUUCGCAAGUGCGUCGUAGAUGGCUGCAAAUCUGAUGUGGGAUCUAAAACCUCCCGGUGGCCGCAUGACCCUCGAGUUUCAGAUGUUUGGUUGGACACUCUCAAACCAUAUUGUUCCGGGUUGAUGGGCCUACCUAGAUAUCGUCUCAGGGAAAAAGUUGUGUGUUUGAAGCAUUUUGAACCCAAAAGUUUCACAAGAGGAAGGAGGCACUACAUGGCUGUACCAUCUUUAUUUACAGCUGAGGAAAUUUCAUCUGGCAAGCCAAAAUAUGAAAAUUUCCACUCCAUGCAUGCUAAAUGGGAUCACGAUUAUGCAAAGAAAAUACCUCUCAAUGCACCUCUGGAAACUACCAAAAGACAUCUGUCAGGAUCAGAACUGGAAGACAUUAUAAAAGUGUUAAAUACAGUGAACCUUGAGCAUUCAUAUGCACUGCCACCCAAUAAAAAAAAGAAGUUUAAUACUGAUGGUAACGACACUAAUGGCUCGUGUGGUUCUAACUCGCAGAGAGAGUUAGAUAAUUUUAACAUAUCCGCAGCAACAGACAUUUCAGGAACCAUUCCUGAUGAUAUUACGACCGCAGAAUGUACUGUUCGUAUUCCGGAAGUCAUAUCUCCUAGCUGUUCAAGAAGGUCCAAUGUGACAUUAGAAACCAAGACGGCAAGGAAAAGACUUAUAAAAAGUGUACAACAAUUAACCCCCAGAUGCAAGAAAAUGUACCAAAAAUGCUCGACUAUACUGAAAUCCCGUCGCCGUAUAGUUCAGUCAUACCAGGAGCGAAUAGAAAAAGCUGAAAAACUAAAUCAGAACAAAUCUUUUUCUGAGCUUGUAGAGAAACUGACUCCUCAAGCCAAGACAUUCCUUAAAAUGCAGGUCACGCUCGCCAAUAAACACAUAAAAAGACGGAGGUUCACAACUGAACAGAAACUCUUGGCUCUAUCACUCCAAAAGCAAAGUCCGAAAGGAUAUAAAUUGCUGCACAAGAUAUUUAUCUUGCCUAGCAGGCGCACUCUAAGAAAAUUUACUCAUCAUAUUUCUCUUGCACCGGGAAUAAAUGAAAACAUAUUUACACAGCUAAAGGAGUCAGUUCGGAAUUGGGAUGACAAAAAAAAGUGCUGUUCCAUUGUGUUUGAUGAAGUGGCGUUGACACCUCAUUUGACAUUCUUAGAAUCUGAAGAUCGCAUUGACGGUUUUGUGAAUUUUGGUGCCGAAGUGGAAAGGAAACUAUGCGAUCAUGCCCUUGUUUUUAUGGUUCGAGGUAUAUGCACUUCAUGGAGACAGCCCAUAGCUUAUUAUUUAUGUGAAGGAACAACUCCAACUAUUAAGUUGAAAAACAUUUUAAAGGAAGUAGUAACUGCUGUCUCUCAAACGGGACUUCUUCCAAAAGCGCUAGUAUGCGACCAAGGGUCGACGUUUCAAUCCUGCAUGAACAGUAUGCGAGCAGAUACUCGCAGAUGUCAAUUGCUCCGUAAUUAUCCCCCAAAUAACAAAGUGGAGAUUGAUGGUCAUGCGCUGAACAUAAUUUUCGACCCUCCGCACCUCAUUAAAGGGAUACGGAAUAACUUUUUAAACAAAGAUAUGAUGUUUAAAGGAAAUAUAGCUAGAUGGAGUGACAUUGUCGAAGUGUACAAAAAUGACUGCCACGUAGGAGAAAUUAGAAUGCUUCAUAAAUUAACAGAUGAACAUGUCAUCCCAGAUAAAAUAAGGAAAAUGAAAGUUAAAAACUGUACACAAGUCCUCAGCGAGCGAACCGCUGCAAUGCUCUUGUUUACAUCCAAUUAUGGCACGCAUGCAGAUGGUUCGUUGGUUAGUUCAACCAUGAAGAAUACUGCGGAAGCAGUCCUAUUUUUUGAUCGAGUAUUUGACAGCGUGAACGGGUCCCGUGGUGGCUCGGCUCCCGGCAAGAUGCGAGGACCGGUUAAAGAAAUAAAUGGAGAGUGCAAACAUCUGGACUUUUGGAAGGAGAGUAUUAGAGUUUUGCAGGAUCUAUACUAUGUAGAUACUAAUGUUGGUGAUCGAAAAAGGGUACCCAGUGUAAAAAACUGGAUAACAACAUUAGAAAGUUUUAUAAAUUUGUGGGUUGAGCUUAAAGAUAUGGGUGUAAGCUUUUUUUACACUCGUAAUUUAAAUCAGGACCCGUUAGAGAAUUUUUUUGGCCGAAUACGCGCACUUAAUUAUAGGAAUGUUAAUCCUGACCCUUAUUCGUUCAUCUGCUCCUUUAAGUCUCUGUUAGUGACUGAUGUCCUCGGCCCACAUUCUCCGAACUCUAAUUGCGAGGAGGAUAUGGGGGAGGCUAUCUUUAAUAAGGGAUUAAUGUUCGAAGUCCAUGGUGCUCCAGCUAGUUUGCCUGUUGCAGGCCCUUCCCGUGAGCCGCGAGCAUCUCCGUCGCCGUCGCUGCUGCAGCAGGCGCGCGAGGAGACGCAGAACGUCCGCUCUUCUGCCUUCACUGCCGGAUUUGUAUCACGCCAACUUAUUAAAAAGAUACCUUGCACUGAUUGUCGAAAAACAAUGUUGACUACCGAAAUUACUGAUGUACAUGACUGGGUUACACAAAGAGAGCGUAGGCUUUUAAAGGGAAGAAACUUAAAGUAUCCAAAUACUAAAUUUAUCAUUUUGUUCCGGAAAUUAGUAACUUGCAUUAAUCAAUAUUUAGAAUAUCAUAGUCACCAAAAGAGUGUAGUAAAAUAUAUUAAAGUAGAAUUUCUAAAAUCAGCAGAUGUAAGCUGGUUGGGAUGUAGUCAGCAUUGUCGAGAACUACUAGAUAUGUUUGUCAGUCUGGUGUGCCGAGUUCAAAUUCACAAUUGGUGCAAUUGUAUCAAUAAAAUUAUGAAAGGGUCAUUUUUAGGCAAAAUGUCAUCAUCAUCUAUGACCCCUAUGCAAGAAAUUGCAUUUAAAAAAUAUACUACGUUAAGACCUGGUUUCUCAUGAUUCUGUUAGUUACAG